AUGUCCACUGUACUGGAAAACAUCAUUUCCAUCAUUGAUAUUUUCCACCAAUAUGCAAAAAAAGAUGUGGAGACAGACACAUUGAGCAAAAACGAGCUGAAGGAACUUCUGGAAACACAGCUUCGGCCAGUCCUAAAGAAUCCAGAUGAUGCAGAUGUUGCUGACGUCUUCAUGCAUAUUCUGGAUAUAAACCACAAUAAGAAAAUAGACUUCACAGAGUUUCUUCUCUUGAUCUUCAAGCUGGCACAAGCAUACUACCAGUCUGGCAAGACACAGAAAUUCCAAACAUCAGAUUCAAAGGAGAAAAAAAAGCACGGGGAAGAGAGAAGACAUCAGGCGUUCAGAGAUAGGUACCAGCAAAAAGGUGCUACACAUGAACAACAACCAUCUAGAUCCAGUGACCGAGGGCAGCGGGGAUCCAGGGCCAGUCACACCAGUGAUAGCGAAGGGCAAUCAGAAGACGCAGAUACUCGAUCAGCGGCAGCCCACGAAAGGGAUGAGCACGGUCAGAGGAACCAUGGACACUCUGCACACAGCCGGUCAGGGGAACGGGCGAGACAGUCAGGGUCUCUCCUGUACCAGGUUCACUCUCAUGAACAGCCUGAGUCCUCCCAUGGACAGCACCGGUCUGACAGUAGAGGAACACAAGGAUCACACCAAGAGCACGGUCGAGAUAGCUCUAGACACUCAGAGUCUCGUGAGGGUCACGCAAGCAGUCACGGACAGUCCACAUCAAGCAGAGCGAGAGGGGACCAGGCCCACCACGACCAACCAGGAGGCAGGUCUGAAAGUCAAGGGUCCCGUCACCACGUCUCCGAUUCUGCCCACGGUCACUCAGCAUCCACAAGUGCUAGCAGGCAAAGAUCUGGCCAGCAGCACUCCGGAGACUUGGCUAGGCGGGCGAGACAGUCAGGGUCUCUCCUGUACCAGGUUCGCUCUCAUGAACAGCCUGAGUCCUCCCAUGGACAGCACCGGUCUGACAGUAGAGGAACACAAGGAUCACACCAAGAGCACGGUCGAGAUAGCUCUAGACACUCAGAGUCUCGUGAGGGUCACGCAAGCAGUCACAGACAGUCCACAUCAAGCAGAGCGAGACGGGACCGGGCCCACCACGACCAACCAGGAGGCAGGUCUGAAAGUCUAGGGUCCCGUCACCACGUCUCCGAUUCUGCCUACGAUCACUCAGCAUCCACAAGUGCUAGCAGGCAAAGAUCUGGCCAGCAGCACUCCGGAGACUUGGCUAGGCGGUCAGGGUCACGUCAGCGAGACGGUUCCCCUCAUGAAGGCAGAUCGAGACGCUCACAGUCAGGGCAGGGACUAGCUUCUGAGUCCAGGACAAGCAGACACCAGGGAUCCAACCUCAGUCAGGACAGUGAGAGUGAGGGACACUUGGAAGACUUGGAGGGACAAGCUGCUUCUGAUUCCAGAAGCCAUCAUGCAUCCACCCGUGGCCUGUCAGGAGAUCAGUCUAAUCGCUCUUUAUCUCAACAACAGGACAGAGUGAGGCGUCAUGUUCUUGAAUCUUCCUCUGAAUUUUCUGGCCAUACUUCUAAUUCUCUACAUAGGCACUCGAAUCCUCUCUCCCAAGGGUCAAGGUAUAACUCAAAAAUUGGAUCUCCUACAUGCUAUCAUAAUUCUGGGUCUGAUUAUUUUCACUCUGCAAGUGUUAAUAGGAAAAGAGAUGCAUCUGAUUUAGGUUGGAAACAUGGCAGCUAUGGCAGUACUAAUUAUGAAUAUGGACUUACAGGCUUUGGUAAGUCCCAGGGUGAGUGUUUUAAUUACAAUGCCAAUUCUCUGGAUUUAAAUGAUCAAUCUGACAUCAGAGGAACAUCUGGAUAUAGAGAACAAUAUGUGAGAUUUAAUAAAAUACCCAAUAAUAGGCAGUCAGAAAUAUAUGGCUGUUCUAGUAAAAUGUCAAAACAGCUAGGAUUUGCUCAGUCACAAGGAUACUAUUACUAUGAGUGA